AUGCAGUCAAGGGAGAGGUCCAAGAGCAGAGACCCCUGGAACAAAGGCGACAGGGAUACUGUGAACCAGCUCGUGGCGAAGAUUGCGCCAGCUACUCCAGAAGUGGCAAGGUCGGAGGCCUGCAAGAAUGCCUACGUGAAGGCGCCCCCGGCAGAGCAGAAGGAUGCAGUGAACAAACAUCGCGAAGAGGUCAAAGAGAAGAUUCGCAAGAUCGGCAUCCUUAUCAAGGCUGCUGCUGCAGCGGAUCGCCCUGCGAACGACGCGGACUGCAAGGAGAUAGCGGUGCUCAAAUACAUGCUGACGGAAAGUUCAGGAUCAGAGAACCUGCUGUCCGAGGUGCGCGAGAGGCGCAUCCAGCUCGAGGAAACCAUUCGCAACAUCCAGGAGACGAUCGACCAGCUGACGAAGUCGAAGGACGAGGGUGGCACGGCCGAGAGCGCCGAUACGGAGAUGCACAAUGCAGAGGAGGGCGUUGGCAGGGCGCCUGGGGACCUUCAUGCAGGCCUUGGGAGAGAGGCAGCAGCAUCUUCAGUGGCGCCAAAGGCAGCUGCGGCGGGCCACGCCGCGCCAGCUGUGCCAGAGAGCUCCAGAGAGAUGGACUCGAUCAAGGAGUGCCUCCAGCGCCUGACCGCAGCGCAGGUGCAGCAGCAGAACCAGCAGGAGGCCAUGAUGAGGCAGAUUGGCAACUUCCGCGGCCACCUGAUGGACGAGGGCAAGUGCCAGGCAUAUCGCCUACAUCCACGGCUGCGUCUACCCCCCCCUGGAUACCCGAACCUGUACGAGCAGAUGUGGGCAGAAAGGCAGGCGGCGGGCAUGGGGUUUCGGCAGGCCCCGAGUCCAGCGGACGCGGGGAUAUUUUGGGAUCCAAGCACGACCCCAGCCGACUCGGACGCUGCGGAGUACCAGCACCAGUUGAGGAUGGCCAGGUUCCACCCGAUGUACCCCAGCCAGUCAGCACAGAGGUCGCCGACGUUUCCUUCGGCGCCCUUCACGCCCGCGCAGCCGCAGAUGGAGCCCGAGACGCCUGCGAUAGCGCCUUGGGAUUGCCCGACCCCGCAGUACGACGUCCUGUGCACGCCGAAGGCCCCAGCGGGUGGCCCGUCUCAGGACGAGCCUCCGACGAUCAGGGUGCCAACCUCCGCGUGCACGACGGAUGCGUGCGACAGGGCCUUCGCCCAGAUGCA